UCGCGUUGCUUCUUCCGAAGCCAGCGUGCUCCUGUCACCAGAAUAUGGAAAGACGGUAACUCCUUCUAGUCCUAAGCAAGGCUGAAUCAACUCACCACGCAUAGUCACCACUACCAGAUUGCCCAGGACAGGUCGGUGGGCCAAGACAGAUGUCAGAGGCAUUUUUCUAGGUUUUUACACCUUCAAGAGGAGAUGAGAAAAGGUUAGAAACAAGAGUCGGGUGACUCCGAGGGCAGUGGCGGGACAUUCCAACUAAGCUCUUGUGGUCUGGGCUCCAGACUCUAGCAAAGGGCGGAGCUUCUCGGAAAGCGAAAAGAAGGAGGGCCUGCCAGGAGCCUUAGGGGAAGUAGGAAGCGCAACAGGCGAGCGCAUCGAUCGCACCCGGGCCCGGGUGACUCGCUAUGUCUGCGGGAAGCCCUCGCGCGGGACCCGUGUCCCUGGACUCCUCCAAAUCCUCCCUACCCUUGGCAGCGCUCAACGUGGGAGUGCGGCGCCGCCUCUCGCUGUUCUUAAACGUACGCACGCUGGUGGCGGCCGACUGGACCUCGCUGGCGGAGGAGAUGGGCUUCGAAUACUUGGAGAUCCGAGAGCUGGAGACUCGCCCUGACCCCACCCGCAGUUUGUUGGAUGCCUGGCAGGGGCGCCCUGGCGCGACGGUCGGCCGGCUGCUAGAGAUGCUGGCCUUAUUGGGACGAGAGGAUAUACUGAACGACCUGGGGCCCCUCAUCGAGGAGAACUGCCAGAAAUACAUCCAUAGUCAGCAGAAACAAGAGUCUGAGAAGCCCGUACAGGUGGCCAGAGUGGAAAGCAGUGUCCCACAAACAAAGGAGCUGGAAGGCAUCACCACUCUUGAUGACCCUUUGGGACAAACGCCAGAGCUUUUUGAUGCUUUCAUCUGCUACUGCCCCAGUGAUAUUGAGUUUGUGCAGGAGAUCAUCCGGCAACUAGAACAGACAGACUACCGGCUGAAGUUGUGCGUGUCUGACCGUGACGUCCUGCCAGGCACUUGUGUCUGGUCCAUUGCCAGUGAGCUCAUUGAGAAAAGGUGUCGCCGGAUGGUGGUGGUUGUUUCUGAUGAUUACCUACAGAGCAAGGAAUGUGACUUCCAGACCAAGUUUGCUCUCAGCCUCUCUCCAGGUGUCCAGCAGAAGCGACUGAUUCCCAUCAAAUACAAGGCGAUGAAGAAGGACUUCCCCAGUAUCCUGCGGUUCAUCACUAUCUGUGACUAUACCAACCCUUGCACCAAGUCCUGGUUCUGGACCCGCCUUGCCAAGGCUUUGUCCCUGCCCUGAAGAUGGCCCUGGGAGCCCUAGGUCUGUCAGUCUGUCCGUGCUCUUCUGCUUGCCACCUCUGACAUUGUAGGAGGGAACUUGUGGUCCACUCAUCUCCAGACAUCUACAGUAGCCAGGCAUCAUCUGGACCCCAUCCCUCUGGUCUGGACUGGAACUAGUGACCGCCAGUGACAUCAUUACUUGCCUGCUGUCAGGCAGCACAGUGAUGAUCAGGGUUGGUUGAGUCUAAGUGGAGGACCAGCUGGGCUACAUCUCAGCCAUCUUUGGCCUCAGUGUCUCCACCUGAGAAACAGGCUAUGGAGAUCAGGCAGGGGACACGGUAAGGGACUGCUCUGGCUCUCCUGGGAGAGACACUCUGUGCUGAAGGAGAACUGGCUAUAGGACCACACAGUGGCUGUUAAAAGGACCACAGGCUUACCAGGACAGCGGCUUUCUUCCACCUGUCUGCCUUAACUCCCUUUCCUCCUCCCACAGGCCAGAGGGGAAGAUGAGCUGACUAGGAGCCAUCUUGACUCCCCUUAGUCUCAGCCCAUGUCCAGAGGUGAGUGUCCUGAGCAACUGGACUGCCUCUCACUCCCACCCGCCCACGCCUGUGCACACAUC